AUGAGUUCCAUUAUCGUAAUGAGCAAUAACAUCUUCAUUGCCACCGAAAUAUUUGUGUUUAAUAUUCUCGGACUGUUCGGAAAUGUCAAUAUUCUUUUAUUGACUUAUUUCAAACCUCAAUUGCGAUCAAAAACAUCUUACAUCCAAUGUGCUCUGAGCGUAUCUCAUAUCUUCUGUCUCCUGUUCGAAGUUCCAAAUGCAGUUUUUCUCUUCACUGGAAUCCAGUUGAAACGAAAUGUUUGCUUCCCUGCAAUUUCCACUUAUAUUUUCUUCAUUUGUGCUCAAGCUGUCAUUAUGCUGAUGCUCGUUGCCGAUUUAUUCAUAAUCGUAUUCUUCACAACUUUGUGA